AUGGCUUCCUCUGUUGCGGUCGCCUCUCCUUCCACCUCGCGCUCUUUUGUCGUCAUCGUCGCCGCCACCGCCGGCUCCCUCGGCAUCGGCAAGAACGGCGCGCUUCCCUGGCGCCUGGCCGCCGACAUGGCCUACUUCAAGCGCUGCACGUCCACUCCCACGACGAGCAGCGGCACCACCACCGCCACCACCACCACCGACAAAAUCAACGCCGUGAUCAUGGGCCGCAAGACCUGGCAGUCCAUCCCCGAGCGAUUCCGCCCGCUCGCGGGCCGCCGCAACGUCGUGCUCAGCCGCAACCCCGCGGCCAGAGAUACCCUCCGCCUCCCCAAGGACGUGCUCCUGGCCGGCAGCCUCACCGAGGCCCUGGAUCUCCUCUCUCCCGCUGCCGCCUCUGAGGUGGACAAGGUAUUUGUUAUCGGUGGGGGCUCGGUCUAUGCGGAGGCCGUGGCGUCGGAGCUUUGCGAGAAGGUGCUGCUGACUUCGGUGACCCCGCCGGCGGACGGGCGCUUCGACGACUGCGACACCCACUUCCCGGCCCUCGACCCGGACACGUUCAAACUCGUCAAGAAGGGCGAGGCCCAGGAGGAGAAAGGGGUCGAGCUCUCCUUCGACGAGUACGAGAGCGUCAACCACUCGGAGGCGGCGGCGGCGAUGGCUGCGGCCGAGGGGGACAAGGAGAACGCAUCCGCAGCAAGCGUCGUAGGAUCCAAGCGCAAGUCUUCUCCCGACGGAGACCAGGUUGCCGCAACCGGCGUUGAGACGCCCGCGGCGGCGGCGGCGGCAGGCGACGGCGGCGCUACCGCAGACGCAGCGGCAGCAGCAGGCUCGGCCUCGACAGCACCGGUGCCCCAGGAGGAGGCGGAGGGCGGUCCGGGGAACGAGGAAGAGAUGCAGUACCUCAACCUGGUGGAGGACAUCCUGGACAACGGCGUCCGCAGGGGGGACCGCACGGGGACGGGGACGCUGUCCAAGUUCGGCGUGCAGAUGCGCUUCAGCCUCAGGGAAGAGCGGUUCCCGCUGCUGACCACCAAGCGCGUGUUCUGGCGCGGCGUGGCGGAGGAGCUGCUGUGGUUCGUCGCUGGGUGUACAAACGCGAACGUGCUCAAGGAACGGGGGAUCCACAUCUGGGACGGCAACGGGUCGAGGGAGUUCCUUGACGGGCUGGGACUCACCGAGCGCGAAGAAGGAGACCUUGGGCCGGUGUACGGUUUCCAAUGGAGGCAUUUUGGCGCGGAGUACACGGACAUGCACGCCGACUACACGGGGAAAGGAGUGGACCAGCUCGCGGAGUGCAUACAGAAGAUCAAGACUAACCCCGAGGACCGGAGAAUCGUUCUCUCGGCGUGGAACCCCGCGGACCUCGGCAAGAUGGCCCUGCCGCCGUGCCACAUGUUCUGCCAGUUCUACGUGGCCGAGGGGGAGCUGUCCUGCCAGAUGUACCAGCGCAGCGCGGACAUGGGCCUCGGCGUUCCGUUCAACAUCGCCUCCUACGCGCUGCUCACGAGGCUCGUUGCUCAGGCGUGCGGGCUUAAGGCCGGAGACUUCGUCCACACCAUCGGCGACGCCCACGUCUACGUCAACCACGUGGACGCGCUCAGGGAGCAGCUCAAGCGCAAGCCCCGACCCUUCCCGACCCUGUCCAUCAACACCGACGAGACCGACAUCGACUCCUUCGAGUACAAGCACUUGGAGGUGAAGGGGUACUCGCCCUACAAGACCAUCAAGAUGAAAAUGGCCGUGUGA